AUGGUUUUUAAAAUCUUCUUAAAACAUUCAAGAAAUAUUGCUGUACUCAGACAACCCUUUCGUCAUUUUUGCUGCACAAAACUGAAGAGAAAACAAGGUUUUUCAGGAGUGUUAUGUGAUAUAGAUGGAGUCCUAUUACGUGGGCGUCAGCUUAUACCAGGGGCUAGAGAAUCAAUCAAAACUUUAUAUGAUCAAAAUAUUCCUGUUGUAUUUCUUACAAAUCAAGGAUUACAAUUAGAAACAGAUAAAGCAGAAAGUCUUUCCGACAUAUUCGACAUUCAGGUAUUAAAUAAAGUUGUGUGGCAAGCACGAGCUUGCAACCUUAAUAAAUUAUAAUUAACUAUAUUACAGUAAUUAAUAAAAUUGAUUAGUCCACAACAUAGCCAUAUUUCUCCUUGUAGGUGAAACCAGAGCAAGUGGUCCUGUCCCACAGUCCAAUGCGUCUGAAUAAGGAUUUGCUUGACAAAUUUGUUUUAGUUUUAGGUCAGCAAAAUAUACGAGCAACUGCCAACUCAUAUCCUUCUAUGUUUUUAAAAAGGCUGACAGAGACUUUGUCAAUUAACUUUGUCAAUUAAAGGCUGACCUGUAAUGACUUUGUCAAAGGCUGACAGUUAAAGGCUGACAGUGACUUUGUCAUAUACCAUAUCAACAUAUUAAAAUAUACCUUAACUAUUAUCAAACUUGGUUUCACAAAUAUUUGUGAAAUAGAAGACAUCCGAACAGCAUAUCCCUUGCUCGAUAUGGUGGACAAGGGGAGACGUUAUGAAAAGUUAAAUGUAAGUUGAAGGAUAAUUUAAACACAAUCUACUAAAGAACAAGGAAGUUCAUGUAACAAAAAUGAUCAAACCUUGUCUAUAUUCAAUUACCAUAACUGUGUUUAUUUUUCAACAGAGUUUGCAAACUGAAAGCAAUAUCCCAGAUGUUGAAGGUAUUUAUUUAACAACCCCAAACCACAGUGGUUAAAUAUGAAUCAUAAAAUUAUGGUUACAAUAUAAAAUAAUUUUUUAUCAUAUUUCUACAGGCAUUGUUUUAUUGGGAGAACCAGUAAGAUGGGAAAGUGCUCUUCAGUUGUGUGUAGAUUUGCUGGUUUCAAACGGCAACCCGUCUAAACGUCUUGACCACAUCCCUGAUCAACAUAUUCCUGUGGUUGCCUGUAAUACCGACCUACUAUGGAUGGCCGAGGCACCCUUACCACGGUAGGAUAGUUUAUGACACUUUCUCCAUCUGCUUGAAGACACAUGAAACAAUUAACCUUGAGGUUGACUCAACAGGAUUCAAUUAUAUCCAAGGUCAUUGUUGAACUUCACACCAUUAUCCUAAAGCCCAGGUCACAUUACACAACGAUAACUUGUAUACAUGCGCUGGUCAAAAAUUUAUCGUUAUCGUCCGACUGAAAAAAAAAACGCUCCGGUGAGUGAUUUUAAAAUUGUUAUAGUCAAACGAUAAUUUUUUCAUUGUAGUGUGGACACUAACACAAUUGUUUUGCCAAUUAUCGUUGUGUAGUGUGACCGGGUGUUUAGGCUAAUUAGUGCUCUCAAGCAAAUAUAUUCUAUACAUAAUAUAUUGCACAUUUUCUUCAGAUUUGGUCAUGGUGCGUUCUUAUUGUGUCUAGAGUCACUGUAUCAGGUAUGAUAUUUAAUGCUUCCAUUAUAUGCAAAUACAUUCUAUAUUAAAUUUUAUAUCUUUUUUUAGAAAAUCACUGGCCAUUCAUUAAACUAUGGGAUGAUUACUGGCAAACCAUUUUUGAUAACGUACAAGUAUGCUGAGAGAAUUAUUGAAAAAUAUUUGCAGAGUAAAUUUAGUGUUGAGACAUCAAAUUGCCUGAAAAGGAUUUAUGUAAUAGGGUAAGUUCAUGGUCUUGCUAGAACGUCUCAUCUCAACCAAAAAUCAUGCUGUGUGUCAAAACAUUCAGAAUUGCAACUAUAUUCCUACGCCUUUUUCUGCUGAUAUGUCAAAGUAUUAUUAUUAGCUAUUGACAGGACUAUUGACAUUUUUUCAAGCAAAAUGGGUCAUUCCAGAAAAUAUCCAUACCUCCCCCCAUGGAGGAAAUUGCAAGUUAAACCCCUCUACCCUCUUCGGAAUUCGAUCCUAAUAUACACUAACUAUUAUCAGAAACAAUUUUUCCCCUCCCCCUCAAUCCGGAUGGCAGAAAUUUACUCUGUAGGGGGAGUGUGAACCUUUCUUGGAAUGUGACCCUGGCCAAUGAAACAUCUAAAUGAAUGUAUUUCUGUUUUAGAGACAACCCAGACACAGACAUCUAUGGAGGAAAUUUGUAUAAAGAACACAUCAAACAUUCACUCGCAGAAUCUGAAAAUAUUCAUUCUACAAAUGUUGCCAAUGUCAUUUCAGUACUGGUUGCAACAGGAGUGCACUCGAAAGGCAACUUAAAGACUUUGGUUGAGAUGCCAGAUCACGUUCAUAAAGAUGUUAUAUUUCAACCAAACAUGAGAACUCCAGACUACAAUGUUGAAAAUAUCACUGAGGCUGUUAGAUUAAUUAUAGAAAAUGAAAGAACAUAA